AUGACUCGACCGACUGGCAGAGGUCACAUACAUAAGCACUCAAGCCCUCCCCGCAUCCCGGAGAACGGAGUGAAAGAAGUGAAAAUAAUAGGGGGUCUCUACGCCUGGCUGACCGUGCUCGGCUCCUUCUGCAUCACGACGGCCGUGUACGGACUGAGCAACUCGGUGGGGGUGAUCCAGCCGUUCUGGGCCCGCCACCAGCUGGCGGGCUACCCCGUGCAAGACAUCGCCUGGAUCUCGGGCGCCAACAUCUUCCUGUGCCUGUUCCUGGGCGUGCAGGUUGGGCCCUGGUUCGACCGGUUUGGCCCGCGAUGGAUCCUCGCGCUCGGCAGCCUCGUCUACGCCGGCGGUCUGGUCGGCUUGGCUUUUCUGCCGCAGGAUGCUGCGGAUGGUUAUAGUGAUGCCAGUGGCGGUGAUGGUGGAGGGCUGCAGCUGGGAGGCGCCGCGCUGUUCGCCCUACUGAUGGUCCUGUGGGGCGUCGUCAUGGGUGCCGGCGCCGCCCUGUGCUGCACCGUUGCGCUGUCGGUGCUGGCGCACUGGUUUGAGCGCAGGCGGGGCCUCGCCGCGGGCAUUGUUUUUGUCGGGAGCAGCGUGGGCGGCGCAAUCUUUCCACUUGUGCUGAGGUCUACGCUCGAGGGCAUGGGAUGGGCGUGGAGUAUGAGGAUCCUGGUGUUUAUCGUGGCAGCGCUGUUGGUGGUUGGGAAUGUGCUGAUUCGAGGGAGGAUCAAGGGGAAGAAGGGAUCUGGGACGGUGGAUUUCAGGUGCUUCAAGGACUGGAGGUUUGUCUGGACAACGAUCGGGGUUACCAGUGCGUUGCUGGGCUCAGGGGUUGGCAGGCUUGCAGCCGGCGCCAUCUCAGACAGGAUCGGUCGGUUCAACACCAUGAUCCUGACCACGCUGUUUUCCAUUAUCACGACGUUUGCCGUCUGGCUCCUGGUGGAGCCACACAGAAUGUGGCUGUUUUACCUGUUUUCUAUCCUGUUCGGCUUUGGGACUGGCUGUGUAAUCAGCCUCGGGCCAGUGUGUGUAGGACAGUGA